AUGGCCAAGAAGCGGAAGCUCGGGUCGAUAAACCACAAGAGCCACUUCGUGGACACGGUGAAGAAGAAGACGGGAGGCGCACCGCAAAACAACAAUGGCAAGAACAACAACAAGAAGAAGAACCCAAAGAGCGCCCAAGCCCUCGAGAGCGACGCCAAGAAGAAGAAGGCGCAACAGCAGUACCACCAGAACCAGGAGCCUGUGAUACCGUUCUCCAAGGAAGAUGCCAUCCUGCUGAUCGGCGAGGGCGACCUCAGCUUCGCAGCGAGUCUUGCAACACACCAUGGCUGCCGUAACCUGACUGCGACGGUCCUCGAAAAGAACGAGCGGGAGCUGCUGGAGAAGUACCCCCAGGCCGCGGAGAACAUUGCGCAGAUCAACGGGACCGCCGCUACCAAAAAACCUACCAAGUCAAAAGCAGCAAAGAGCGAGGGCGAGGGCGAUGCCGAGGACGACGAGAACGACAGCAAGGAACCCACCGAGGCCGAGUCACCAGAAGCAGAAGAGGAAGAGGAGGAGGAGGAAAUCGACGAAGACGACGACGAGAAAUACAAACCUCCCGUCCAGAACAACAACAGGGUCCUCUACAACAUCGACGCCCGCUCCAUGAAACCCUUCACCCGCAAAUCCGCCCCGAACCACCGCGGCUUCCACAUGUCGGCCCCGACAAAGACGGGCAUCUUCAACCGCAUCCUCUUCAACUUCCCCCACGUCGGCGGCAAAUCCACCGACCGCAACCGUCAAGUCCGCUACAACCAGGAGCUCCUCGUCGCCUUCUUCACCUCGGCCCUCCCCAGCCUGGCGCCCAAGGGCACCAUCGUCGUGACCCUAUUCGAGGGCGACCCCUACACGCUCUGGAACGUUAAGGACCUCGGCCGCCACGCGGGCUUACAGGCGCUGGAGAGCUUCAAGUUUCAUUCCCGCGCGUACCCGGGCUACAAGCACGCGCGGACGGCGGGUGUGAUACGGGAGAAGAAGACGGGGGAGGCGAGCGGGGCGGCGUGGAAGGGGGAGGAGAGGGCGUCGCGGAGUUUUGUGUUUAUGCGCAAGGACGAGGCGCCCGAGGUGCAGCCCUCCCAGAAGAAGAAGAGGAAGCGCGGCGGGGAGGAGAGUGAUAGCGAGGAUGAGGUUUCUGAGGUGGAGAUGGAGGAGCCCUUUGAUGAUACGGGGGGAUGGGUCGGGGAGUAA